AUGGCGCUGGCGUUUGUGUUGUUCUGUCUGUUGUAUUUUGUUUGAAAAAACGUCGUCUUGGCGACAGGUUUACUGACUUUUUUAUGUAUUACUUUGACGAUAUUACUAUGAUUUUAAUAAAUUAUGGAUGAAACCCAAAAAGAUCAACCACAAUCGUCGGAAAAUAAGCAAUUCCUUCCGGAUGUCGUACAUUCACAGCAAAUUCCUACUCUAGAAACCGUAGUCAAAGAUACAGAAUUGAAAAUUGUUACGAGAGAAAGUGAGCAGGAAGUGGAUCGCGAUGUAUCCCACGAUAGCGAUGUUAUUACGACAGAAUCGAUAUCCGAGCAUAUUCCUUUCAAAGUGGAAUCCAUCACUGAGUCAGAACCCGGUCCGUCACGAUCACAAGACUUAACGAAACAUCAAAGUGAAAAUAUUUCCAAAAAUAGUAAUACUUUAAACCCACCGAUAUGCCAUGCUACACUCAGCCCAAAUCUGCAAGACUCAUCCCACCACAGUACAUCUUGGAACUUAGAGACCAAUCAAUCUGAUAAUCAUAUAAGUGAAGAAAGUCCUGUCAUACUUGCGACAUCCUCGGACACAUCUAAAGAUGUACAAAAAAGUAAACCUGUAUCUGCCGAAUCUUGUACUAAUAGUCCUCAAGACACACCGAGGAGUGAAUAUAUAGAUUCUCUCAAUUCUAUUAGCUUAAAUGAAAACCCUGAUGGGACAAACUUACCAGAGCAAUCCAGCCUAUCGUCAGAAAAAAGUGCAAAAAGUCCAGAAUUCCUUGAACAAUGUAGUUCUGGUUCAGACGAGGUUAUAAAGCUAGACAUUAGAGGGCAGGCAGCUCGUAAGUUUCCUGAGCAAGCUGCAAAAAUUAUAUUUGGUCCUCCACCAAGUGGUAGUAAUAUUAUUGGACCAACUUUAGAGCAUAUGCCAGUAUUUCAGAACUUGUUAUCACCCUGCUUGGUCGGUGCGAAUGAUGGGGUUAAGAUUGAAGAAGUAUUCGAAGAUGUUACACCACCUUCAAAAGAGUGUACCCCAGACAAAUCUUUAACACCCAGUACGGAGAGUGAGAAGAUAGAACAAGAUGUUUUAGUAGAAGAGAUAAUAGUUGAGGACGACUUGAAGGAAAAAUGUAGCAAAGAUGGAACACCCAAAUCUUUUAUUCCAGAUGAGACAAUGUCUUUUACAACAAUGAGCACAGAUUAUAAAACUAUUUGUGAGGAAUUUAAUGCAAAGCUUGUGCAUUUGGAAGAAGCUCUGUCAAAACGUGACCAUCUAAUUGAGGAACUAACGGUCUCAUUGCAGCAUUCCGUCGACGAGAAGGAAAACCUCAAACGCGAGAAUGACCACCUCACUAACGAAGUACAGAGCCUACAACACGUCAUAGGCGAAAGGUCACAAUCUGACCAUGACACUAUUAAGGCACACCUUUCUGACUUCAUCAAAUACCAAAGCUUCUUGAAAGGCGACGGUACCAAAUACUACUCAGCCUUAAUGAGUGGCACUACGUCCUUACAAAGUUCGAAUGGCGAAAAAGACAUGGAUAGAGAAGAGAUCACUGUGAACUACUCGAAAUCUGAUUUAAGAUCUAGUUCAUCUGAUGAUUUCACUGGAUUUGAAAAUAAAGUUACUUUAAUAUUGAACAACAUAGAAGGUAUAGAGGAAAAUAUAAAGAAUAAAUUGCGCGAAAACUUAAUUAAUCUUCUAAGUGAUGAAAUUGGUAAAGUGAGGGUAGAUUUUGACACAGACAUAAAAGAGCUGGAGAUUCAGAUGAAUCAAGAUAAACAAGCUGGUAUGAUUGAGUCGAGACGGUUGAGGGAACUUUUGAGUUCUGUCAAAGCAGGUAAUGCAGAUAUCGACGUGUUGAGGGAAGAGUUGUGUAUCAAACAUGAGAAAGAAAUGGAAAAUUUAAGGACUUACUUUGAGAAGAAAUGUUCAGAUAUGGAACGAAGUUACUCCGAGGACGUCUGGCACGCCCGCUCGCGUAUGUCGCCAACUGGGUCGUGCGAGCUGGCAGACCCGGCCGCGGGAGACGCGCGGCGCAGGACGCGCUCCGUCGACUUCAGCUCGCUCAACAUUGAGACAUCCACUCCGGUAGAGAGCACGUUGAAGCAGAUCAAUCGUAAGCUGCAGCAGCAGUUGGAGGACAUGAAAUCCGAGCACAUCUCUUAUGUGACUGAGCUGCAGACGAGGCACAGAGAAACUGUGGCUUCCUUUGAAGAACAGAUAAUCCGCCUAAAAGCCGACAUUCAGACGACAGAGAAUACUGAGCCCAACGUGUCGUUGUACCAGCAGGACAUUGACCUAGAGCUGGAGAAGAGCGCGUCGCGGGACCAGCGCGUGCGCAAGCAGGUGCUGCAAGAGAUGCAGGAGCAGCUGCAGGUGCUGCUGUCCGACCCUGACGCUGAGCUGUCGAGCUGGCCGCUGGAGCUGGUGGCGCUGCGAGACAGGAUCCAUGCAGACAAGUCCAGCCAGGAGAACGAGUUGAGUAUCCGCGACGAAGCGGGCGGCGACGGACAAGCGGCGGACAAAUGGCGCCAGCGGCGGAAUAACAGCUUCGACCAGAACCGACAACUCGAGGACGUCACUAAGGAGAGAGACGGGUGGCGUCGCGUGGCGGUGACGUUUCAGCGCGCCGUGGCGCAGGUGGUGACGUACUGCGCGUGCGCGGAGGAUGAGCUCAACCGCACCGUGCUCGCGCACCUGCUGGGCCCGCUGCUGGACGAGUCAAUCGACGAGUCUCGUCCAUCAAGUCCGCAGCAAGGAGACCUCAACGCGAGCGUGUCGCGCGGCAAGCAUGUGCACUUCGCGCCCGACCUGGACUCCAUCCUCGUGACCCUGGACGAGGAGGGCGUGGCCGGCUUCCUGCAGCAGCAGCGAGACAUCAGCCUGGACAUCAAGAAUGAGUUGGAGCAUUCGCUGAAGAGGCUGCGGAAUGAGGCGCACGACUUGCUGGAGCUGUCAGCGAGACUUACUACGAGCAAAGCUCGUCAAGAAAAGAUGCUGGAAACUAAUCAAGUGCAGAUUAAGGAGUUAGUGGAAGAUUUAGAAUGCAAACAGAAGAACUGUGAUAACUGUCAGCUGCUGAAAAAGAACAUGGAAGAGGCAAUGACGGAGAGUGUGCAGCGGGAAGGUCUGUUGCGCUCGGACCUGGAGGCGGCGCUGGUGAAGAUCGCGCUACUGCUGGGUGAACGGGGCCCGUCGGAUGUCAUUGCUGAGGGGUACGGCACGGGCGCGGGCACGGGCGCGGUGUCGGCGUGUCGCUCGCUGGACGACGUGUCGUCGCCGCGCACGCAGCAGUCGCGCGUCGCGCACGACCUGGACGCCGCGCUGCGCGAGCGCGACGACGUGCAGCAACAGUUGGAGGCAGCGAACCGCCAGCUGAAGUCGACGCGCCAGUUCGUGGAGGAGCAGGCGGCGGAGCGGGAGGUGGAGAGGGACGAGUUCGCGGCGCGCCUGCAGGACAUGAGGGAGGAGAACUGCAGGCUGGCGGCGCGGCUGCAGACCAACGCCAGGAUACUGGGCGAGAUACGCUGUUUGCGCCUCGCGUCUUGUAACUGUCGUCAGCACGAUGCACAUGUGGAACAGCUGGAAACACAAACGCGAGAAAUGAAUCAAAUUAUAACCGAAUUAGAAACCAAGAAAGCCGCAUCGGAUGACCAAAUAAAGACAACAGAAGAAAAAAUUGUCUUAUUACGAGACAUCAUCGCUAAUCUGGAGAACCAACUGGAACAGAAGACUGCAAGAGAAGCAGAAGUGUUAGAGCAGCUGGAACAAAUGCGUAACACUAUCGACGAAAGGGACAGCAAGAUGAGAGCUGUUUUGGGAGAAUUGGAAUCAUUGAGGAGCGAAAAGGUCGACCAGAGUGAAGUGACUUGCAUGAAGUGUUGUCAAGAGGAAGAUCGGUAUACAGAGCUGGUAGAGAAGGUCAAAGAACAGGCGCGUUGGUUGGAAGACAAGCUGGCGCGCAGCACGCGGCGCCUGGAGCGGGCGCACGAGCGCAGCUCUGCGUGCACGUCCGAGCGCACCGAGGACGUGUCCUUGCGGGAGCAGGACGACACGCAUCUCGAGAUGAAGUCCCCGGAGUCGAGCCCCAGCCCGCGCGUGGAGCCGCUGCUGGAGCUGGCGCGCGUGUGGGAGCGGCUGGACACGCACGCGCGUGCGCAGGACGCAGCGCUCAAGCGCAUUGCUGAUUUAGAAAUGCAGCGCGCGCAGCUCAAGGAUGUCGCUCAGGAGGUGCGUGCCGAGCGCGAUGUGCUGCAGGCGCGCAUGUCGGAGCAGGCGCUGCGCAUCUCGUCGCUGUCGGCGCGCCUGCAGCAGCAGCGCAACGACGCCGAGGCGCUGGCGCACUCCGCCGCCAGCCAGCUCAGCGUGCAGCUGCACGACACGCAGGCUGAGGUCCAAAGAUUAACAGAAGAGCUAGAAUCCAAAGACAAACAAUUGACGAGGCUGAAACAGACAUUGGAUGAGCGAGACAAGAACUCCGAAGAAAAACAAUCUGUCUAUGGAAACUCAUGUAAUCCAAAAGACAAAGUUAUAAUAUUGGAACGGGAGCUGUCCAAUGCUCAGACUAAAAUCGAACAACUAGAGACGUUAGUUCGCAACCUGGAGAGUGACAAAGAUGAGCUUCAGGCCACAGUCCGAGAGUUGCAGCGGACGAUUGCUGAAAAGGAAGACCAGCUUAAUGAGAUUAUGGCGCUCAAAUUGGAAGACGAACAGAAUCAGAAGAGCGAGAUCAUUGAGGGCAAAGCAUCCGCCCGAACACUCAGCGAUAUCGUCUCCAUAUCCGAAUUCGACGAACACGACUUGCAAAUGCGUCGGGCAGAGAUAAAAGCACAAAACACGAGUCUAACUGCACACGAAUCCAGAGAUAAAACACAUUUAAAUAGGACAUUGCCGCCUGAAGUUCAGCGACCCAAUAUGAGUUCGUUAAACAUGGAAUUCGGCGAUAAUUUCGACGUCAUCUGCACACCCCGAGCGGAUUCAUUGCCUGCACAUUUAACUUCAACACAAAACAGACAUUUAUACGCGAGAAAUACUAAUGAAACUACUAUAUUCGGAACUCUUGACAAACUUGGAAAUAGUGUCAAGCAUUCAACUGCUCAAAACAUACCAGACAAUUGUUCUAUGUACCCCAAUAGAGACAUUAGUGAAAGUAAAGAGGUAAAUGUAGAACCAAAGAAGAUAAACUUUUCAAUAGAACCUGUUGACAAUAAAACUGAGAAUGAAGAAUUCACUUCCUUGCGAGAACUUGGCAUUAUCUUAGAUAUUAAACAAGAAAACUUCCCCGACAUAUUGAGUCAGCUGAAAUAUGAAAUUAAGAAAUCUAAAAGUGAAUUAGAUGUGUGCAAGUCUGAACUAAAGAAUGCCGAAGAGCAACUGUGUGAGUUUCCAGCUCUUAAAAAAGAAGUAGAAGAACUGAAAGGCAUUUUAGAAAAUGCUAUGGCGACAAUGGAGAGUGACAAGAAGUUUUAUGAAAACCAAUUGGAGAGUUUCUCUUCAAACAAAAAACUCUUAGAAAAAAGACUCACAGAAAUGUCUCAAGAGGUGAGUGAGAAAUCAAAAGACUUGCAUUUGCUUAAAGAAGAUAUCCUAAAAAGAGAAAAUAUGAUUCUUGAACUUGCUAAAGAAAAAAGAAACUUGACGAACAAAAUAUCUGAACUAGAAAUGAAAAUAAGUGAACUUGAAUCUAAAAACACGGUUUUAGAGAAAUGUGAAAUUGAAAACAAACAGUUGCGAGAUAAGAUUAAUGAACUACAAAAAUUAGAACAAUUGGUUACUGAGAAGAAUCAACAAAUAGAUAGCCUAAAUCAACAUUUAGACCGAUUAGACGAUUUACAGAGGUGUCUUGAUGACAAAAAUGAAGAAACUGUAAAUAUAAAAAGUGCUUUAGAAGAGAAAACUACCGAACUAUUUCAAAUGCAGGAUUCCGUUGGUAACUUAACACGGGACAUCGCUAAAGUUAUUGAAGAAAACGACCAACUUUCGACCGACAAUAAAGAAUUGAAGUUGCAACUCAGUAAGCUAGAAAAAGAACAUGAAAAUGCAUCUUUAAAACUACAGAACAGUGAUACUGAAUUAGACAGAGUCAAUUCAUUAAACAAUGACCUUGUCUCAAGAAUUGAGGAAUUGAAGCAAUUAAAUGAUAAAUUAAAAGACAAAGAGACUGAAAUAGAGAUUCUUCAGGAAGACUUUAACUCGUAUCACAACGAAAUAGCGGCUUUGAAAGAGCAACUGAAAAUGGUAUCAAGAAGUCCUUCACCACGGAACAAAAGUGGCGAAGAUCAAAAGACGGCGGAUCGGCAAGCGAACAGUGAUAAGAAACAAUUAGCGAAAAUAAAAAAACAAAUAUCGCUGUUGCAACAUGAGCUCGAUUUUCACAAGAAGGAAUUAAAUGACAAGGCCUUCGAGCUCGCGAAAGCGAAGUUAGACCUGACGGAAGUGAGGACCAACAUGAGCCAGCUCACGAAGGAGAUGUCGGACAAAGAGGCGCAGAACAGCGAGCUGCAGCAGCAAGCGGGCGCCCUGCGCGCGCAGCUCGACCAGCUCACUGCGGAGAAGCUGCAGCUCGGCCAGCAGCUGGAGGUGGUGGUCGCCAGGUUACGAGAAGAGUCAAACUUAUCCGAACUAAAGGAGAAGUUACGCGCCAAAGCCGAGAGAUGCCACGAGCUCGAAGCGGAGUUGAUCAAUAUGAAGGAACUCGUUGAAAGAGUGAAGAGAUCGCCAAGUCUGGACGCGGACGAGCGCCGUGCGCUGGCCGUCCGCUCGCCCACCGCGGAGCUGGAGCGCGCGCUGAGGGACACGCUGCACUACUCGCACACCCUGGACGAGGACAUCAUGGAGCAGGUAUUGUAUCAUAACUUGUAGAGUGAAGAGAUCGCCAAGUCUGGACGCGGACGAGCGCCGUGCGCUGGCCGUCCGCUCGCCCACCGCGGAGCUGGAGCGCGCGCUGAGGGACACGCUGCACUACUCGCACACCCUGGACGAGGACAUCAUGGAGCAGGUAUUGUAUCAUAACUUGUAGAGUGAAGAGAUCGCCAAGUCUGGACGCGGACGAGCGCCGUGCGCUGGCCGUCCGCUCGCCCACCGCGGAGCUGGAGCGCGCGCUGAGGGACACGCUGCACUACUCGCACACCCUGGACGAGGACAUCAUG